GCGCAUCCGGGUCACGCUAACGCCGCGGUUUCCUCCGCUCGCUUGGUUCUACUGUGGGUCUGGACUGGUCUCCAUGCCCUGUUGUGGGGCUUUUACAGCCUUUGGGUUGUGAAAACUGCUGAGAGAGACUUGCAAUCCAGUCACAUAAGCAUAAUAAAGAAAUAUUGGUCCUCAUGGAAGAAGAGCAAGAUUUACCAGAGCAACCAAGAAAGGUGAAAAAAGCCAAGAUGCAGGAAUCAGGAGAGCAAACUAUAAGUCAAGUAAGCAAUCCAGAUGUCAGUGAUCAGAAGCCUGAAACGUCAAGCCUUGCUUCAAACCUUCCCAUGUCAGAGGAAAUUAUGACAUGCACCGAAUACAUCCCUCGCUCAUCCAAUGAUUAUACCUCACAAAUGUAUUCUGCAAAACCUUAUGCACAUAUUCUCUCAGUUCCUGUUUCGGAAACUGCUUACCCUGGGCAGACUCAAUACCAGACACUACAGCAGACUCAACCCUAUGCUGUCUACCCUCAGGCAACCCAAACGUAUGGACUACCUCCUUUUGGUGCAUUGUGGCCAGGUAUGAAACCUGAAAGUGGUUUAAUUCAGACUCCAUCUCCAAGUCAACACAGUGUUCUUACCUGCACUACAGGGUUAACCACAAGCCAGCCAAGCCCAGCACAUUAUUCUUAUCCCAUUCAAGCUUCAAGCACAAAUGCAAGCCUGAUAUCUACUUCUUCUACAAUUGCCAAUAUUCCAGCAGCAGCAGUAGCCAGCAUCUCAAACCAGGAUUAUCCCACCUAUACUAUUCUUGGUCAGAAUCAGUACCAGGCCUGCUACCCCAGCUCCAGCUUUGGAGUCACAGGUCAGACUAACAGUGAUGCAGACAGCACCACAUUAGCAGCGACCACAUACCAGUCGGAGAAGCCUAGUGUCAUGGCGCCUGCACCUGCAGCACAGAGACUUUCCUCUGGAGACCCUUCUACAAGCCCAUCUUUGUCCCAGACUACACCAAGUAAAGAUACUGAUGAUCAGUCCAGGAAAAACAUGACUAGCAAGAACCGGGGCAAGAGGAAAGCUGAUGCCACUUCUUCCCAAGACAGUGAAUUAGAACGGGUAUUUCUAUGGGACUUGGAUGAAACCAUCAUCAUCUUCCACUCGCUUCUUACUGGAUCCUAUGCCCAGAAAUAUGGAAAGGACCCAACAGUAGUGAUUGGCUCAGGUUUAACAAUGGAAGAAAUGAUUUUUGAAGUGGCUGAUACUCAUCUAUUUUUCAAUGACUUAGAGGAGUGCGACCAGGUACAUGUGGAAGAUGUGGCUUCUGAUGACAAUGGCCAAGACUUGAGCAACUACAGUUUCUCAACAGAUGGUUUCAGUGGCUCAGGAGGUAGUGGCAGCCAUGGUUCAUCUGUGGGUGUUCAGGGAGGUGUGGACUGGAUGAGGAAACUAGCUUUCCGCUACCGGAAAGUGAGAGAAAUCUAUGAUAAGCAUAAAAGCAAUGUGGGUGGUCUCCUCAGUCCCCAGAGGAAGGAAGCACUGCAGAGAUUAAGAGCAGAAAUUGAAGUUUUAACAGAUUCCUGGCUAGGAACUGCAUUAAAGUCCUUACUUCUCAUCCAGUCCAGAAAGAAUUGUGUGAAUGUUCUGAUCACUACCACCCAGCUGGUUCCAGCCCUGGCCAAGGUUCUCCUAUAUGGACUAGGAGAAAUAUUUCCCAUUGAGAACAUCUAUAGUGCAACCAAAAUUGGUAAGGAGAGCUGCUUUGAGAGAAUUGUGUCAAGGUUUGGAAAGAAAGUCACAUAUGUGGUGAUUGGAGAUGGACGAGAUGAAGAAAUUGCAGCCAAACAGCACAACAUGCCUUUCUGGAGGAUCACAAACCACGGAGACCUAGUAUCCCUUCACCAGGCUUUAGAGCUUGAUUUUCUCUAAGAACUGGAAUGAGGAGCCUUCCCCUUGAGCUCCUUUUCACUCCUGAAGGGAGCUGGAGACUGGAACCAACUGAGAACUUUCUCUGUCUGUCUCCCUCUGUGUCUCUGUCUCUGUCUCUCUCUCUUUCUCUCUCCCCCCCCGCCCCGUCUGUCUUUAUCCAUGGAAUGCUGGCGAGAACACAAUCAGAACCAACAGCUGCAAUUUUUGCUAAGAGUGAGCUGCAGCCCCGUGUUCAUCUCCAUACAGAAGCAGGGACAGUUGGAUAGAGAGAACAGUGGACUCACUGCAGCUGCAGUGCUUUUAAUUUUUCUGUGUUUUGUUUUUGUUUUUUGUUUUCAAAAAAUGAAAAAGAAAAGGAAAUUCCUGGGGCAGAGUUGCACUCUUAGUCCAUGACCAGAUUGAGAAUUACUGAUAACUUGUGGUGAUCAGAUAAAUGCAGCAGACUUUUAUGAUAACAUCUCUUGCAGUCUUAGAGUCUCCGUAGCUUAGAAUCUCACUUAUUUCCAGCGAAUGUGUAUGUUAUUUUUAUAGGUAAGGGUCUGAUCUUUGAUGCAGGUUUCCCCCACUUUCAUUUUCUAGCAAGAAAGGGGUGUUUAAAGUCUUGAAAAUAAGAAUUGAAAUAUCUAAAAUACCUCUCUGUGGCAGUAGCACCUCUGUAGCUGCUCCAGUGGUCGGCUCUCUAGGAUGAUUCCGUUCCUGUCCUUCCAUCUCCUAGCUGGUGAACUGUGGGGCACCGGACACUGAGUAACUGUAAACUUUGGCAUUUCCCAUCUAGAAGCCUUAGUCUUCUUUCCAGUCCCUUUUCCCUUUAGUCAAAUGGCACAACCCUAAAAACUCCUUCAGCUUGACUCUUAUUCAGACUGUAUCCCAGGAGGCUUAGCUUCCAAACUGGAGAGAAGGAACUAAAGCGUCUUACGAAUUUCGGCUUCUUUGGCUCUUGAGACCGAAAGGUUCUACCUAUUCUUCCUGCAGAGAAGCACCCAUUUCCCAUCAGAUGCUCGCCCCUGCAGCUUCUUCUUUCUUAGUCAUCAUAAUGCUAGGUUCUUACCCCUUUCCUGCCCUCUGCACCUCAUGUCCACCUCCAGGCAGCUCUGGCCAGUCCCCAGGUAUUAGACCCAAGAAUUCAAAUCAAAUCUAAAAACAUGCUUAUAACUACAUUUUGGCCAAAACUGCCAAUGUAUUUGACUUCCUUUGUGGAAGCCCUAAGCCAUAUGAAGGAUGUCGCAGGUAUAUAUUUACCCAGAUCUCUGCCUGCAACUGAAGAGCAGAUUGCUGUAUUUAAAUUUUCCCAUGGAAAACCCUGCUUCUCAAAUCCCAUUCUAAAGUAGGAAACCAGAAAGACUUUGCUGAUUGUUGGGGGAGGGGAGGUACAGACAGGGUUUCACAUUGUUGCCAAGGCUGGUCUUGAACACCUGGCCUCAAGCGAUCCUCCCACCUUGGCCUCUCAAAGUGUUGGGAUUGUAGGCAUGAGCCACUGCGCCCAGCCAGACUUUCCUGAUUUAAAUGAGACUACUGCAUCAUUCCCUACUUCAUGGCCCAAACUUAAUCCUGGGCCAAAUGCAGGAGCAUCUCUCGACCUCUGGGCAGAUUGGUGGGUGCCCAGGCACUAGUCACAGCCUUCCAGCCCAGCCAUGAUUGUUGGAUGCCCCAUCCCUCCAAGAGCAAUUUGGGCAUCUGCUCAAGCAGGAUAAAAUUCCCUAGAGCUGAGGAAGUUCAGCCUCUCCCAGGCUGCACAGAGAGAGAUGAUACAAGCACCUCAGAUUGAGAUGCAGGAUUGGUCCGCAGAAGGAGGCAUUGUUGACCAACCCCAGCUACAAUUGCUUGUCGCCAGAGACUCUGCAUACCCAUUUCCAGGGAUGUUGCAGCACAAAGAGGCAAGACUCCUUCCAAUGCCAGGCCACCCAGAUAGCAACAGAGAGAGGCUGGUAUACACAUUUCUUCAGAACUCAUUGAAAAGUGCUCAUGACUCACGAUUUUAAGGAGUAAGUUUUUGCUGAGUAGCUGAAGUCGGUGCUCCUUUACUUAGCUGCCUCUUUGGCCUUGUUUCCUGUGGGGCUGGGAGGAAGGAGAUGUAGUGUGAGGUAGGCCUUCCCUUGGUCUGUAUUCAGCAUAGUCGCCUGGAUGCUGCUCUGCCUUGUUUGAUGGUUGAUCUUAGGAAGCUCUACGUUUUACUCUGAGGCCUCAAACCCUCCCCUUAUGCAGUACAGCUGUUAGGUUUUUGUCCUGGACAAAGGCCAUGGCUGUUGUGCUGCGCUUCAGGUUUGUGAGGCUGUGGAGUUGGACCCCCACCAUGCACACAAGCACACACACACAGAUACUUCCCUCUCCACCCUUUUGGGAGCUCUUUAUUUUAGAAUAUAACUUGAACUCACUUUUAUCAAUGGCUUUUUUCCUCUUACUCUGACUUCCUAGCUUAGCUCUUUCCAAAAGGCACUUGAACUUGGCCAAGAAAGGUAAGGAGGCUGAGCAGAGCAGUCUCUGCUCAUUCCUGGUUGUUGCCACCCUCAUUUAAAUGGAAGAGAGAGAAAACAGGAGCUUCUUGGCUCUUUGCCAAAAUGAAUUGUCCAGGGAACACAGUGCUCUCUGUAAUUACCCUGCCUUUUUCUCCACCCCAACACAAAAAUCUGGAAAGGAAAAUAAGUGGGUAGGAUUAAGAGAUGUUGAAAGCUGAGGACUAAAGGACACUGUGGGUCCAUUCAUCAAGGGGGAGGCCCUCUUCAUUAGAGUCCUCAUGAAAUUAGCCAAAUGAUGAGUCCUUCCCUAGCUGGGCAUGGUGGGUUCUCUUUUUUUUUUUUUUUUUGAGAUGGAGUCUCGCUGUGUCGCCCAGGCUGGAGUACAGUGGCGUGAUCUCAGCUCACUGCAACCUCCACCUCCCAGGUUCAAGCGAUUCUCCUACCUCAGCCUCCUGAUUAGCUGAGAUUACAGGCACCCACCACCACGCCUGGCUAAUUUUUGUAUUUUUAGUAGAGAUGGGGUUUCACCAUGUUGACCAGGCUGUUCUCAAACUCUUGACCUCAGGUGAUCUGCUCGCCUCGGCCUCCCAAAAUGCUGGGAUUACAGGCAUGAGCCACCGUGCCUGGCCAGGCACUGUGGGUUCUACAAGAUGGGUCUGUAAUGUCACAGUGAGGGCUCUCUCUAGCAGUAGGUCUGGAGUGAGGUGUGUCUUGGGUUGAGGAGGUGGCUUGACUUUCGAAUGUAAAACUGACUGUGCCUUAGCAUCACCCUGUCCAGUGCCCCUGGGGCAGCUGGUAGCGUCCAGAAGAAUGGACACCUGCUCCAGAUUUAGAUGCCUAUCUGGGCUUUUGUUUGAUUUGGGGUGUUCCUGUCUUCUGUAAAGCUAGUGAGUUGUCCCAAGAGACUGAUGCCACAGCUUGUUCGCAGUUUACACAAACUCAGCUUUAAAGUUCCAAAUAGAAUCUGAUUGGCAAACUCUAGCUGCAGCAUGUGGAGCUUCUAGAUGUUUACUACCUUGAAUGGUUGUCAGUGUCACUGAACCACAGGGGAGAGGAGUAUGGGGUAGAGCAAUGGUCGGGGCCAAGGAGUGGUGAGCUUAGGGUCUUCCUCUGACUCCUUACUCCUCAAGGAGGCAGUUAGGGUCCCUCUUAAGCAGGCUUCUAUUUCUUACCACUAAAUUGGUUUCCUUUUUCAUCCAGAAGUUAGAACUCCCCAGAUAUUCACGCUAUAGGAUCUGAAUUCCGAGAUUCUAAAAUAUCUUAAACCACAAGAGAGAAAAUCUAGUUCUGCCUCAGCCCCAGUCAGCAGGCCAUCUGUCCCUUCCUCUCCUCUGAGUCAGACAGCUCUGGCAAGCAAGGCUCCUUGGCUAGUUCCUAAUGCACUGACAGGAGCCCUCCCAUUAAGGACGACUUCUACUCAAAAUGCGACUCUCCCUCUGAACUUCAGGUGCCUCUGUUAGCAGGAAAAGGCAUUGAUCGGAUUGGAUAUAUUUAUGUGACUGCGGGCAUUUGUGGCUGUAGAAUCCGUGACCAUAAUGUUAUAUGUAAUGGGAACUAUCUUAUAAACUUGAAAAAAAUAAAGUUUUUAUUUUCUAUA